UUUAAACAGACGUUCUAACUGCUUUGGGGGGACCCCCAAACCUCGCUUCACCCUUGGUUUUAAUAAACCCUCGUUUUGUGGUCAGCGGAUGGUGACUUGGUCCGGGCCAUCUAGCGUUUAGGGCCCGGACCCCAAGAAGGGGGCCUUCAACCGCCUGCUGCCUCCCGGAUCCCGCGGGUAGCCCUGCCACCGCCGGCGACUCUGACUUCGGGGGUCCUCUGGGGACUCUGCUGCUGGAGUCCUUGCCUUAGGCCCCCAACCCCCACAGGGAGGCCCAGUGGCUGCUGAUCCCUAGGGAGCUGGUUGGGGGCUGGAGGGAGAUUUGAGUGUGUCCUUAUCGAAACUGGUGUGUUACUUGAGCCAAACUUCUCUCCGACCUCGCUGAGCUCCCUCCUGGGGCCCAGGACGGGCCAGACGUGUCCUAGAUGAUUAAUGGCCGGUUCUGACCUGUCGGCAGGGUCAGGGCCCGUAGAAGAGGACUUGCUUUCAUGUCUCGAAACCCGAGGCCACUUCUUCUCAGGGAGCUUCACUUCUGGCUUUGAAAUCUUGCCAGCGGGGUCAGGGAGGCCACCGGCCCUGCUCCUGGGCUCAGCUCCUGACCUGCGGGGCCCAGAGCCCUUGCAGAGAAGGGAAGGGGCCCUGUUCUCCCCAUUGCUGGGCUGGGGCAAACUGAGGUUCUGUGCGCGUCAGCUCUAAUACGUGCCCUGCCCCGAGGAGGAUGUUGAUGAUAGUUACGCGCACUAUUAAAAAGGAGAAGGCCUCUUGGGGAGUGGAUGAGUCAGGAUGGGUCACCACGCCUGGCAUCACCCAGUAGCUCCUCCCCUCGCCUCUUCAUCUCUGCCCCUGCCGGUCAGAGUCCUCUCCAGCGCUCUUCCUGUGAGGCAGUAGGGAUCCUGUUCCCCAUCAGUCCCUGGAUUAUGCCCAGACUCUCGCCGCCUUCCAGAAGCAGUUCCCUCCACCUGUCUCCUCACCCACGAACGACCCCCUUCUCCAGUGUUCCACCGGCCUCCUUGCCUUUCCCAGUGCGGACGCUUUGCCUCGUGGGCUUGGUGUCUGCAUGUUCUCUGAUGGCCCUUCCCUUCCUGCGCUCCUGGCAGGUCUUCCCGACACCCUUCAACAGGUCCCUCCACCGCCACCUUUCACUAACCCGGCCUUUCUGUCUGUCCAGUACUCAGACCGCUGAGUCUGUCCUGAGGUCACUGCUCCCAUCUGGAGCACCCUCUCAUGCGGAGUUCCCCCAGUUCCCCGUCACCGCCAGCUUUGCUGUCCCCACAGUCCGGCAGGUUAGCAGCCCCGGCUUCAGCUCCCUUCACACGCCUCUGAAGAGGACCUGCUUGAUGCCGGUCCAGGCUGGCUGUUGGGGGCGGGACAGACACACAAGACACACACGUCUGGGUCCCCACCUUCAGAGCGCUGUGAGGUAGUUCCUCUGUAACUGUCGUCUUCAAGCGCAGCGAGUUCCUCUGUGGUUGUGCCGUCAGGCCUGGAGGGGUGAAUUUUCUUUGCUCCCCAUCUAGAUUGUCACUGUCUGGGGUCAGGAAGUCCGUGACUCCCGUCGGUGCUCUGGGACUCCCCCACGUGAUGAGCAGAGAUCAGUCUGGGGAUCCCCACUCAGGGGCUUAGGGGAGGACCACCAAGGUGUGUGGUGGCCUUCCCAGAGUGGGGACAGAAGGUUAAGUGGUAAAAAGGGGAGAGGGACCCACCUCGUGCUUUGCACCGCAGCGGCAUCAAGCUUCCGGCGGGCCCCUCUCCCUCAGCCCUGGGUUCCUUCUCUUUCCAGCCUUUGCUCCUCAUGUGGCCACCAGUUCCCCUCCCUGUCAGCUGGAGGGUUACUGUUUCUUCUUCACACUGAUUUAAUCUCCUCCAGGGAACCUCCCAGAAUCCUCCUCCAGCCUGUCCUGCUCCCCUUUUACUUCUGACCCAGCCCUGCACACUCCCUGUGCUUUGUUUCUGUCUCUGCGUGGAAGCUAAGCUGCUUGGAGUCCAGGAUCGCCCUUGUCACUCUGUGCUCAGCACCUGAGCGCCGCCCUGCUGGCAGAUCACCCCCCAGACCGCACUUGCCCCCGAGCGCUGAGCCCACUGGGAUGGUACCCCGGGAAGGCCCUGAUUCUGUGCAGUGCCCGUGCCCUUCCCUGGCUAGCCUGCAGGCCAAGGAUGCGCUUCGGAGGAAGCAUAAGAGGAAGAGCCGACAGCACCAGCGAUUCAUGGCCCGUAAGGCGCUGCUGCAGGAGCAGGGGCUGCUGAACAUGUCCCCAGAGACGCGGUCCUCCCCACCGCCCACGCCGUUGGGGGCACUGCCGGGCACUGAAGGCACCAGUGGCGGGACGCAGCGUCCAAGGAAUGAAUCGGGAGGUUCUUCAUGGAGCAGGAAGCCCACCCCCAGGGAAUCUGCAGGGCCCUGGCCCAGCAAGUGCGUGGCUAUCGACUGCGAGAUGGUGGGCACGGGACCCCGAGGGCGGGUGAGCGAGCUGGCCCGCUGCUCUGUGGUGAGUUACCAUGGCGAUGUCCUCUAUGACAAGUACGUCCGGCCAGAGAUGCCCAUCGUGGACUACCGUACCCGCUGGAGUGGCAUCACUCGGCAGCACAUGCGCAAGGCCAUCCCCUUCCAGGUGGCCCAGAAAGAGAUCCUCAAGCUCCUGAAGGGCAAGGUGGUGGUGGGGCACGCGCUCCACAAUGACUUCCAGGCCCUCAAGUACGUGCACCCUCGGAGUCAGACCCGUGACACCACUUACGUGCCCAGCCUCCUGCAGCAGCCCGGCCUCCACACUCGCACCCGGGUCUCUCUGAAGGACCUGGCCCUGCAGCUGCUACACAAGAAGAUCCAGGUCGGCCAGCAUGGGCACUCAUCGGUGGAAGACGCCACAACGGCCAUGGAGCUGUACCGGCUGGUGGAGGCGCAGUGGGAGCGGCGGCAGGCCGGCAGCCUCCCGCCCCGCCCCGAGGACCGGGACCCAGACAGCAGCACGGACGUGGAGCAGUACAUGGAGGACCAGUACUGGCCGGAGGACCUGGCCCAGGGCACCUGUGGAGCAACGGGGGAGCCACGGGACAGAAGGGAGUGAGGCGGGAGAGGCUCCCAGGUGGCCUCUGAAUGGAGCGUUGGGGGCGCGGAGGGGCCAGGAGAGCCCUGGGCACGUCGUCCCCGGUAGGGCAGGGUGCGGCUAGCCUGCUGCCGGGGUCCGGGGAGCUGGGACCAUCUGUCCUCUCCGCUCCCUCUGUCCAAGGCUGUUGUGGGCACUUAACCCCACCCCUGUGGCCUGCUAAUGGCACUUUAUAGACACUGUGAAAAUGUCAGGUGCACAGGGACCCAGCUGGGGGAGGACGCAAGCCAACAGACCAUCCCAGCUGUCACCCUACCCCCAUGGGUGGAUAGCACCCCCGUGCUGUGCUAUCUCGGGGUGAUGUCUUCUCCCUGGGGUGUGAGCUCAGUGACUUGGGGUACAGCUCUCUUCUCUUACUGUCCUUUUCCUGCCUCUUCCUCCACGGGCAUCUUCAGAUUCAGAACGAAUGUGCCCUGAGCCUAUAGGAUUAAGGCCACUCCACGGGACGUUCCUUUCCUUUCUCUCCGAACUAGAACUUGGGCCGGCGCCACAGUAGGACCUCAGUGCUGGGCUGUGACAGACCAGCAGGGCCCCUCCAGACGCUUGGGGAGCUGGCACCAGGAGUCACCAGGCUCUGUUCGAGGGCGGGUGGAAGCGGGGAAGCUUUGGGUGGAGACGCUGGUGUAUUAAUUUUGACCCGACUCAGGCAGGAGGCUCUCUUAAGCACAAGCCUGAGGAACAGCACAGCAGUCUGAGUUCUGGGACCCGUGUGGGACCCCCUACCCAGUGUGUAGGGGGGCCGAGUGCAUGUCCAUGGGGCGAGGGCCAGGCAGGGAAGCCGUCUCCACACUCGGGCUGGUGUCCCCUCGGGCACUUGGAUCCACAGACAUUGUAGUCAUUGGAUUGCCUACAGCUUGCCAGAGCUGUCUCUGUCAGGAUCUCAUCUGCCACUCCUCUUGCCUGCUUUCCCAAAGGGCAGUUUGGGAGUAUUGAGGUUAAGCAAGAGCUCAGGUCCACACUGACCUUUGAACCCCAUCUUUGCUUGCCACUUAAUAGCUUGGGACCUUGAACGAAUAUGAGACCUCACCCUUGAGCCCAUUUCCUCCUCUGUAAAAUGGGGCUAAUGCCGUAGCCUACCUCAUAGGGUUGUCCUGGGGGCCAAGUGCCCAGUGCUCAGCGUGGUGCCUGGCUCCCUUUCAGCCUCUUCUGGGGACCGCCUGAGCCCGCCCCUGGGGUUGAGACGGCUUGUCGCUUGGCUGCCCCAGCAGGGGCGGGCUGAGGACACAGCGUGCAGGUGCCGGGUCCUCACUGCUCCCUGCGGCUCGGUGACCGGUAUAUGCUCAGCUCCCCCCCUCUGCGUGCAGGAAAUGACAGUGAUUUUUAUGUCCGUCUGAUCGAAGCAGCAGGGCCAGGAACUGAGAGACACUACUGAACCCAACACUACUUCCAGGCUGCCUGUCCUCCGCUCCCUCCCUGUCUGCGGGGCAGGGAGCCGGCAGUGGCAUUGACCUCUGCUGGCCUGGCUCCAGCGCUUUGUUCUGGAGUCCUUCAAAGUCUGUAGCUAGUGCCAAAGUCCCAGCCCAGCCGGGCUGCAGUUUCGAUUCUUUGGGCUACAGACGGAAGGAAGAGGAAACUGUUACCAGUGGGAAAACGUACUGGGUUUAAGGUCAGCUUUGUUGUAAAACCAUUUGUUCUGGAAUAAAACACGAUUAGAAAAGUAA